AUGUCCACCAGAACAAUUGCCUUCCUCGGCGCCACCGGCGGGUGCGGUCUCUCAGCGCUCAAGCGCUCCGUCGCCGCAGGCUACACAUGCAUCGCGCUCUGCCGCACGCCGUCCAAGAUGGAGGCCCUCUUCCCUGAGAAGCCUGCCAACCUGAUCCUCAAGCAGGGCAACGCGCACGACGCCAUCGCCGUAGGCGAAGUGCUCCUCAACCCGUCCAACCCAACUACCAUGGUCGACGCCGUCAACUUCUCCAUCGGGGGCAACGUCCACGCCAACCUGACCAUGGACGACCCGGACGUGUGCAAGAAGGGCAUCGCGGCGCUGCUCUCCGCCCUCGACACCUUACGAAAGAACGGCGUCUCGGGAAAGCCCCUCAUCGCGGUGGUCAGCACGACGGGCAUCUCAGAGCACGGCAGGGACGUGCCGCUGCUGUUUGUGCCGCUGUAUCAUGUUGGGCUGAAGGCUCCCCAUGCGGACAAGAAGGUCGCGGAGCAAAAUCUGUACAAGAGCAGCGAGAGGUUCGUGCUGGUGCGCCCGAGCUUGCUGCAGGAUGGGGAGAAGGCCGAUAGGAAGAUUCGCGUGCAUGUGGAGAGCGAGAAGGGCGUCGAGCAGAAGGAGGUUGGGUAUUUUAUCUCGAGGGAGGAUGUUGGACGGUGGAUGUUUGAGAACUUGCUGAGGGAGGCGGAUAAGGUGAAUCAGUAUGAGCGCAAGGCCGUGGGCUUAACUUGGUAG